UCGAAUUCUCAGAUAUUUUUUAUUUCUCUCUAUAUUACCAGUCACGAGCUUCCAUCCUUCCUUCGUCUCCACUCUCCGGUCUCCAGUCAUGAGCAGCCUCCGAGCACCUUCGGCCUCACUUUCAACUCUCAAGUUCUCCAAUUCCAAAAUCUUCAGAAAGAACCUCUCCUUCCCUUUCUUCUGCGUCAACUACGCCUCUAAAUCGCCGGAGCUAGCCGCCGCCGGAGAUCAAAACAGCCUCCGCCUUAUCCUACACGAUUCACUCGAGUCGGCAGGGAUCGAUACGAAACUCGCGCGAUCAGCGAGAGAACAGUUCCGGCAGCAAGUAGGGCGGCUCACCGAAAUUGACGCAGAGACGUGCAUUACGAUCUGCCGCGGGGCGGACCUGGCGCGCACGGCACUGCACAUCGCAGCCGAGGACGAUUCGCUCAUUUCUCACUCUUCAGUUCCUCUUCCUGUCGAGGCUUUCGUUGAGAGGCUCGAUGAUCUCUCGACGGAGUUUUGCUCCCUCUUCUUGCCCCCAUCGGAGGCUCCUCCUGAGGUUUUUCUUGGAAAGCUAGAUAGAUUCUUCUAUGUGCACAAGGGCUUUCGCAGGACAGAGAUGAUGUCUGAUACAAGAGCAUUGUAUCUUCAUUCUGUUUUGACCUGUCGAUCAGGGUCCGGUGUUUUGCUAUCACUUAUUUACUCUGAAAUGUUGAAAACACUGCGAGUGUGCGGCUUUCUGGACUUUGAUGUAGAGAUUUACAACCCUUGUGAUUAUUUUAGUUUUCCCACUGGUUAUCAGAAGCAGAAAUUUAAAUUCUCAGAUCAACCACAUAUUUUGUCAUCAAAAUUGUUAUUAGUGGAGAUUCUAAGAAAUUUGAAGCAGGCUUUCUGGCCAUUCCAGUACGGCCAUCGAAGUAAUUUAUUUCUAAGAGCAGCAUAUGCUGCAAACCAUCCAUUCGGACCUAUUAUUUCUGGAGAGAGCAGUUCCAACUCGUAUGGUGGGUUUGAGAUGGCAUCUGCCAAGGCCGCUCAGCAUAGGUUGGGGCGCGGAGUAUGGACCUGUGCUCAUUUUGGGGAUAUGCGGCGUGCAUUGGCUGCUUGUGAGCGACUAAUCAUACUUGAUACCGAGCCCAAAGAUCUACGAGAUUAUGCAGUCCUUCUCUACCAUUGUGGCCAAUAUGAAGACUGCUCAGACUAUCUAAAAUUGUAUCAGAACGCACAGAUUUCAGCAGCACAAAUAAGGGAUGUGUUUGAGGAAGACACUGUGAAGAAGCUGGCAGCUCGUGUAAAUCUUAUACUUGCUGAGAAAGGAUGGAACAAACAAACAAUUCAUCAAAGUUUUUGGAAUAGCAGUGAGCCAUGGUAACUUCAAUUCCUCCUUAAAAGUCUCUUCCAACAGCUUCCAACCUGCUAUAGAGAAGAACACCACUUCUGACCUAAAUUUAAUCUCUUUUUAUAAAUAAAGUUAAGAAUCAUACAAAAUAUUUCAUCAAUGUAAAAUUGAAAGCUUUGCCAAAAAUUAAUGCAAUAUCUCUUUGUUUCAUUGCAAAGUUGUGACGACUACUUUGUUCAAGCCCUAGUAGAAGUGAAACACACAUUUGACAUUGCAUAAAAAAUAGCACUGUUACUAAUUUUUGGGCUAUGAGA